GAAUGGACCCUGCCUGCGCUUUGGUCACUUUCAUUUCAGCAUGAUUGGCAGGGACCUUCGUUUUGCUUCGUAUCAAAGCGUGAUGUCAACCUAAUAUUCUCUGUCUUUCUCGAAGACUACAUCUGCUACGCAAUCGGGGAAAUCAGACUUCAAAAGCUACAAUCUCUCAAUGGCGUCAAACAACAUCGUGGUUUUGGGAGCCGGCGUGUCUGGUUUAACCACGGCAUAUCUCCUGUCGAAAGACCGCUCGAACAGUAUCACCGUGCUUGCUAAGCAUAUGCCCGGGGACUACGACAUAGAAUAUGCCUCCCCGUGGGCUGGUGCCAAUUAUCUCCCCGUGGGCAAGCGCGGCAGCGACCAUGAGAAAUGGGAGCGCAACACUUGGCCCGCGCUGAAGGAGUUGACCGAGAAACACCCCGAGGCAGGAAUUCACUUUCAGGAAACCAUCGUCUACAACCGCACAAAGGAUCAAGGGUCCGCAACCGGGGACUGGUUCUCUGAACUAGUACAGAAGAACCCCUGGUAUAAGGACGUCGUACCGGACUUCCAAGAACUCCCCUCCUCGCAACUAGCCCCUGGCAUUGAUAACGCCUCCAAAUUCACCUCCGUCUGCAUCAAUACAGCAAUCUACCUCCCCUGGCUCGUGGGCCAAUGCCGCCGCAACGGUGUCAUCUUCAAGCGCGCCGUACUCAAGCACAUCACCGACGCCGCCCACCACACCAGCAAACCCCCAGACGUGAUCGUCAACUGCACAGGCCUCGCCUCCCGCACGCUCGGCGGCGUCGCAGACGCCAAACUCUACCCGGCGCGGGGCCAGAUCGUCGUGGUCCGCAACGAUCCCGGCAAAAUGGUCUCGAUCUCCGGCUCCGACGACGGCCCCGACGAGGUCGUCUACAUGAUGACGCGCGCUGCGGGUGGCGGCACCGUCAUCGGCGGCUCCUACCAGAAGCACCAGUGGGAUCCCCUGCCGGACCCCAACCUUGCAGUGCGCAUCAUGAAGCGCGCGGUCGCGCUGUGUCCUGAGCUGGUGCAGCCCGGCCAGGGCGUCGAGGGCCUGGAUGUUGUCCGCCAUGGGGUCGGGCUGCGGCCCCUUCGCGAGGGCGGGCCCCGCGUCGAGGCGGAGCGCAUCGAUGGCGUCGCGGUCGUGCACAACUAUGGGCAUGGAGGCUUUGGGUACCAGGCUUCAUUUGGCUGUGCGGGUGAUGCGGUGAGUUUGGUGAAGGAGGCGUUGGCGCGGAAGGGGAGGGAUGCUAAGCUCUAGCUUUCUGCGGGGGAGAAGAGUUUGGUACUGUAUUGUACAUAUCUAUGUGGUACUCGAUCAUGACUGUGUAUACACAUGCUACCUCAUAGGAGCGAUCUAGUUCCUCCCUACAGAUCAAUCCUUUAAAAGAGAAAAAGCUAAUGCGCAGCGUUGGUAUCAGCACAAUGCCAAGCUUCCCCGCAACAAGUUACUGUGUACGAACGACAGCACAUGGAGAGAGCGGGAGGAGGUGGGGAGUCUC